AUGUUCGAUCUCCCUAUCGCCACCAUGCCAGUAACGUUGUGGACGGGCGCAUUCGUCGCCCUUACGAGCGCAUACAUUUUCAUCUCAUUCUUGACUCGCAAGAGCAAGCAUCCGCCUCUACCACCCGGUCCUCGACGAAAGCCUAUCGUGGGUAAUCUCUGGGAUUUGCCCGAUCCAAACCAGCAAGAUUGGCAGCACUGGCUGAAACACAAGGAUCGCUAUGGCCCAAUCAGUUCCCUCAGCAUCAUGGGCCAAACCAUCAUCGUCUUGAACGAUGCCCGACUAGCGGUGGAACUACUCGAGUCACGAUCGUCGAUCCACUCCUCGCGUCCACAGCAACACUUCGCAGAGAUGGCGGGCUGGAACAACGUCCUCGGAGCGGUGAAGCAGCCUCAGCGCAUCCGAGCAACGCGCAAGAACCUGCAUAGGGAGAUCGGAUCCAACAAUUCGGUCGCUCGAUUCAAUGAGAUCCAGAUAGCGGAGGUGGGUCGGUUUCUGCUGAGGGUACUGGAUGCGCCGGACAAGUUGAUGCAGCAUAUACGCAAAGAGGCGGGCGCAAUCAUCCUAAAAGUAGGAUACGGAUAUACCAUCGAACCUCAUGAUCGAGACCCAUUGGUUGAUCUGGCCGACAAGGCAAUGGAGGAUUUCUCGAUGGCCAUGCUUCCAGCCACAUGGGCAGUGGACUUCUUCCCACCCCUGAAGUAUCUCCCGACCUGGUUCCCAGGUACAGAGUUCAUGAAGAUCGCACAACACUAUCGAAAGAAUGUCACGGCAUUCAGCGAUAUCCCUUAUGCAUUCGUGAAGGAACAGAUGCGAACUGGCCGCUUCGUACCGUCUUUUCUCUCCAACCUCCUCGAGAGCAGUGCUUUUGAUCCCGGAUCCGAAGAAGAGAAUACUGUCAAGUGGUCUGCUGGAUCGCUCUACGCCGGGGGAGCUGAUACGACCGUCUCCUCCAUAGCCAGCUUCUUCCUCGCCAUGGCUCUCUUCCCCGAAGCGCAGCGCAAGGCACAGGAGGAAAUUGACACCGUAAUCGGAACAGACCGCCUGCCGCAGUACAAAGACCGGGAACAACUACCUUACAUCAACGCGUUAGUCAAAGAGACGCUCCGAUGGCAUCCAGUGGUACCUAUGAGCGUCGCCCAUGCCUCGACCGAGGAUGAUGUCUGCGAAGGAUACUUCAUCCCCAAGGGAUCGUCAAUCCUCGCCAAUAUAUGGGGUUUUACACACGACCCAACAGCAUACCACGACCCCAUGACAUUCAAACCCGAACGAUUCCUAGGCUCAAAACCGGAACGAGAUCCCCACUUCCUUGUGUUCGGAUUCGGUCGUCGUGUCUGUCCGGGAAAGACUCUAGCUGACGUAAAUGUGUAUUUCACCAUCGCCCAAGCCCUCUCUGUCUUUGAGAUCUCAAAGCCAGUGAAGGAUGGGAAAGUUGAGGAUAUUCAGCCGGAGUUUCUCCCGGGAGUCAUCAGUCACCCAGCGCCGUUUAAUGUGUCUAUUCGGCCGAGGAGUGCGAAGCAUUUGGAGUUGCUUCGGUCGUUGGAGGAGAGGUAUCCUUGGGAGAAGAGUAAUGCGGAGGAUUUGGGGAAUGUGCAAUAUUAA